GCCAAGCUUGACCAUACGACCUUGGAAUGCUACCAAAGAGUGACCAGACAAGUCAACACCAGAGAGCAGGAAAGGCCUGGUAAAGGAAAGGGAAUGAGACCCGAUGACAUUCCUGUCGAACGUACGUUAUCUCUCCCGAGGUACCUCUUCCUCUCCAAUGAACCGUGGUUAUACCAAGAGUUGGAGCCGCGAGACGGGUGCAGUCGGGGAGCUGUCCAAAAGGCCAACGAAUGUUCUCGUGAUGAGGUGAACGUCGAGGUGAUAGCUAUCGAUGCGUUCCACCUUCCAAUUUCGGGCAUCGAAAGGUUAAUCUCCAGCCGAGAGGGCGCUUGUCCCCAGAGCUCCCCUGUCGAAAGGACAAUGUUUGCUAGUAAUCAUAGAACACUGUACUUCGGACAGCAUGCGUCUCCUGGCCGAGCCGUCCAUCUGGGCAGACAUUCACUUCUGCAGGCGGUCAGCACUCCUCCUAGUGCCUCGGCAUUAUUCGCAAAAUUGUCCAAAGGAGUCUACGACGUUGACGACCCCGGAUUACUACGAGUUUCACAUCGCACCAG